AAUAAAUUUAUUUCUAAAACAUAGCCUAUUUUGGAAAUUAAAUUUCUUUCGCAACACUUUUUUGUUACUUUUUUUCUAAUUGCUUAUGUUAUUGUCGAUUUAAGUUAAAUGUCAAAAUUAGAACCCGUCAAUCGGUCAAUCGGAUGAAAUGUCAAAACGAAACAAUGAAAUACUGACAAAAAAAUUAGUUGAUUCCAAUCUUCAAUCCCAAAUAGCACGAACCUUAAGGUCUACACUUUCGAUAUCAUUGAUGUGAACGAGUCUUAAACCUAACAACACGUGAACACACUGACACUUCGUUUAAAACAUUCAAACCAAAUAAAUGAAACAAACUGUGAACUUUUCUUUGAAAUUGAAAGUAAUUGUUUAAAAAACUACAAAUGAACGUCGAUUUCAGUGAAUACUUCAAAGCCCCGUUGGACUACAAUCCACCAAAAGACACGGAACUGAAUGGAAGUACCCAGUUUCCAAAUUUAAAUUCAGUCGAAUUUAGAAACCGGCAAAAUGACAACGAGACCACUUUGUUGCCAUUCUACGAGUUAGUUGAAGCGAACGACGAUCAGUCAACAGUUUUACUAGCAACCAAUUCAUACAAUCAACGUUUAUGGAAUGGAUCUGUUUUUGGUUAUGACUGUUUAAGUGAUGUCGGUAAACCGAAUGCGGACCGCAUCAAAUUGUCGUUUGAUUCAAAUGUGACGGGCAUACGGUUUUUGGACAAGUCAAUGGUCGUUUUUACAAAUGCAAACGGUUCAAUUUUUCUAUAUUCAACGCAAUCGGAAAUUCGACAAAAAGAUGGAUACAGUUUGUUCCAAGUGUCAAAGAAAACCGAACAUUAUGGCAUGAUUACUGGUCUAACCAUUCUGAAUGGCGCAAAAUCGGCGGUCACUGUUUCGAGCGAUGGAUGUAUAAAGGUAUGGCUGCUGGCACCGUGCGACAUUGUAUCCGAUCAAACCUAUCAAUAUGCACACAAAGAAGUCAUCACGGGUAUUUCGAAGCAGCCAAAAUCGUCCGAUAUCUUUGCAACAUGCUCUCGUGACCGUUUUCUUUCGAUUUGGGAUAUACGAAUCCGAUUACCGAUGAUUAAUUCGUGGAAAAAUGAAGAUUAUGCUAAUACCUCAUGCCUGUGGGCAAAUGUCAAUGGUAUCGAAAAAUUGUAUGUGGGCGAUGACACCGGAACGGUACACAUCUACGAUCCACGGAAGUUAGACACAUCGGUUGCAUCACAAACUCUAUUCGACCGUCCGAUUUUCAAAUUUAGUCAAAAUCCAUCUGAAAAUUUGGUUUGUGUGCUAAGUCAAAGUAACAAGCUGAAGGUGCUGAACACCGCAUCUGACACAAAUACAUUCGCAACCGUAUACGAGGAUUAUUCGUCAAAGGAUUACGUUCGCGAUGUCUGCUGGGUGAAAGGUGACAAACAACAAGCACAGCAAUCUGCAUGCUACACAGUUGGCUGGAGCAAGACGAUUGGACAUCACACCAUCGAACCAUAAGCCAAACAAGCUGCACCAUUACAUUCAAUGUUUUAUAAAUAAAAAAAUAUAUCAAUAAGUUUCAGUCGCUAAGCAUGUGGAUAACUGAUUUAUUCCAAAAAAAUAACAAAUAUAUUCGUUUUAACAUGGAUUUUAUUUUGUAUCUUAAUGAAAAUUAAUGAAAAAUAUAAACACAUGAAAUGUUCAGAAAUGAUGACAAACUUUUAAACGAUUUAUUUAAAAAAAAUUAAAAUAAAACUGACUUCGAAGAAUUGGAUACACAGAACACAAAAUAAAACACAUUGAUGCUAUCUCAAAACAAUAUAAUGAAA